AUGUAAAAUUAUAGAAAAAAUAUUCUAAUUGAUAUGUAUGUUCUAAUAUCAUAAAUCUAUAGAAUAAAAAUUGAAUUUAAAUAUUAAAAAAUACUUAUUAUUGUGUCACAAAUGUGUCAAUAAACAAGUUAAAUUUUUACAUGAAUGAUUACGUUUUAUUAAUAAAUAAAAUUUAGUGUAUUGUUAUAUGAUAUAAAAACAUGGCAGAAAAUGGAUCUAUCAUAAUACCAAAUAUAAAACAAUUACAUGAGAAUGAUCAUACAUCUACUAUUAAUAUAGAUUAUUCUAACAUUAGAGGAAAGAGUAUUUUAGUUAGUCCAUCAGAAGAUCAAUAUGAAUUAUUACUUAAACAUUUAAAAGAAAGAAUUCAAGAUGGUGGUAGUGAAACAAUUUUUGAUAUUGGUAUUAGUGGAGAUGGUUCUGAAGAUGGUUUAAAAGAAGAUGAAUAUGAAGCAUCACUUGCAACUUUACAAUCUCUUGCUGCAACAUUAGAAGCAGAUUGUGUACUUUUACGUCAGACUAAAGUUGAUCAUGGCCUUAUAGGACAAUAUUUAGUGAGAAGGCGUUUAGAUAGACAAGAUUUUUUAGAAAUAAGAGUGGCUGUUGUUGGUAAUGUUGAUGCUGGGAAAUCAACACUUUUAGGUGUAUUGACACAUGGAGAACUUGAUAAUGGUCGAGGUUUGGCACGUCAAAAAUUAUUCCGACAUAAACAUGAAGCUGAAACAGGACGUACUAGCUCAGUUGGAAAUGAUAUUCUUGGAUUUGAUAGUGUUGGUAAUGUAGUAAAUAAACCAGAACAUGGAUCUUUAGAUUGGGUUAAAAUAUGUGAAAAAUCUUCUAAAGUUAUUACAUUUAUUGAUUUAGCUGGUCAUGAAAGAUAUUUGAAAACAACUGUUUUUGGAAUGACAGGACAUGCCCCUGAUUUUGGUAUGUUAAUGGUUGGAGCAAAUGCUGGCAUUGUUGGAAUGACAAAAGAACAUUUAGGUUUGGCUUUAGCUUUAUCAGUUCCAGUAUUUGUUGUAGUUACAAAAAUUGACAUGUGUCCACCAAAUAUAUUACAAGAAAAUUUAAAAUUAUUAAUAAGAAUCUUAAAGUCCCCAGGUUGUAGAAAAGUACCUGUUACUGUAAAAACUCCUGAUGAUGUUGUUGUUAGUGCUACUAAUUUUGUAUCAGAACGAUUAUGUCCUAUCUUUCAAGUAUCAAAUGUUACGGGAGAAAACUUAAACCUUCUUAAAAUGUUUCUAAAUUUAUUAACUGCAAGAAUGACUAGUCAUGAAGAUGAACCAGCGGAAUUUCAAAUAGAUGAUACAUAUUCAGUGCCAGGAGUAGGUACUGUUGUUUCUGGCACAACAUUAAAAGGUGUCAUAAAAUUAAACGAUAUUCUAUUAUUAGGACCUGAUCCUUUAGGUCGAUUCAUUCCAAUUGCAAUAAAAAGCAUCCAUAGAAAAAGAAUGCCUGUUCGAGAAGUAAGAGGUGGUCAAACUGCUAGUUUUGCAUUAAAAAAAAUUAAAAGAUCGCAAAUUAGAAAAGGUAUGGUAAUGGUUGCACAAGUAUUAAAUCCACAGGCUUGUUGGGAAUUUGAAGGAGAAAUUCUCGUAUUGCAUCAUCCUACAACAAUAAGUUCUUGUUAUCAAGCUAUGGUACAUUGUGGAAGUAUAAGACAAACAGCAUCUAUAAUUUCUAUGUCACAAGAUUGUUUAAGAACAGGUGAUAAAGCUUUAGUACGCUUUAGAUUUAUAAAACAUCCUGAGUAUAUAAAACCAGGACAAAGAAUGGUAUUUAGGGAAGGACGCACUAAAGCAGUGGGCAAUGUAAUAAAAUUAAUUCCAUAUUCUAGCACUACAAUUAUACAAACAUGUAGAACUAAUAAACCAAAUAAAAUAUCUCAAAAUCGACAAAAUUCUUCAUCUGCAAUACAAUUAUUAGAUGCAACUGAAACAAAUUCUUCAUUUGAAGGACAAACAUCAAAACAAGAAAAUAUACUUCAAAAAUCUAAUAAACGUCAAAAUAAAAAAGGUAGAGGACGAAGGGGAGGACGAUCUCAUAAUACAAUAAACAGUAUUAUUCAGCCACUAUCGGAACAAAAUCCUCCUAUAAAAUUAUGAAUUGUUUUGUGUUUUAAACUUUUAAACAUGUAUAUACAUAGAAACUUAUAUAGAAUGCCAAUAUAUUUAUGAGGCAUCUUUGAGGAAUUGAAUCUAGAAAUUAAAAUAAUUGACAAUUAAAACAAACAAAAAAA